AUGAACAAGAGAAUCAUGCGACCGCGUUACAAUGCGUUUACGGUUGCGCGUGCAACUUUGUCGCGGCUCCACCAUCGCAGAAUCUUGACUGCCCCAAACCCGAGUGAGGGCUUUGAUUUCAUCUGCUAUAUGGCCAGUAAGGCUAAGUCAAUCAACAAGGCACUAAACGACGCCGUUCCACUCGGUACUAACCCAUUAGUACUCAAGAUUCGCGAGGCAAUGAGAUUCUCGCUGCUCUCUAACGGCAAACGCGUCAGGCCGGUGCUCUGCCUCGCAGCUUGUGAGCUCGUCGGCGGCCACGAGUCAACCGCUAUGGCUGCGGCUUGUGCGGUCGAAAUGAUCCAUGCAUCGUCGCUUAUCCAAGACGAUCUCCCUUGUAUGGACGACGAAUGCCUCCGUCGAGGAAAACCCACUAACCACAAGAUCUUUGGUGAAGACGUCGCGAUCUUAACCGCAGACGCGUUUAUAUCUCUCGCCGUUACACACACGGUGGCCGCCACGUCAGAAAACGUUCCUCCAGCUAGGGUUUUGAGAGCUGUGACGGAGAUGAUGAAAGCCGUUGGAACGGACGGGCUCGUGGCUGGUCAAGCGGCGGAUCUGGAAGGAGAAAGGAUGAGACUGGAGGAAAACAACAUGGGACUGGAGCAUCUUGAGUUUACACAUGUUCAUAAAACGGCGGCGUUGCUUGAAGCAGCGGCGGUUAUGGGAGGUAUACUGGGAGGUGGGUGUGAUGAAGAGAUCGAGAGACUUCGGAGCUACGCAAGAUGCGUGGGGUUAAUGUUUCAAGUUGUGGACGAUGUGCUUGAUGUAACCAAAUCGUCCAAGGAGCUAGGGAAAACCACCGGUAGAGAUUUGAUCGCCGGAAAGCUGACGUAUCCGAGAGUGAUGGGAGUGGAGAAGUCGAGGGAAUAUGCCGAGAAGUUGAACAGAGAAGCGUGGGAACAUCUUCGAGGGUUUGAUCAAGACAAGGUGGCUCCUUUGUUGUCUCUUGCUGAUUACAUUGUCAGCAGGCAAAACUGA